GCAGGUGGAAGUCGUACUUGCCCAGCUCGAACAUGGACAGCAGGAAGACCUUGGGGUCCCUGAGUCCCUGUGCUGCAGGAGACAAGGGCACCUUGGGAUCUCGAGAGCCAGCUCGGCGAGGUCGGUGGUGAAGCUCUCCGAGGUAAUGAUGAGGAAGAAGUCAUACUGGAAGAGCUGCACCCGCUGGAAGUAUUUGUCAGCCCGGAAGGUGGGGGUGCCAACGCCCGGCAGGUCCCAGAAGACGACACUGGGGUACUUGGGAUGUGGGUACGGUGUGGGGUCCACGGUCAUUUCUACCACGCCCGUGCAGGCCGAGUUGGGGUCCUCGUCCCCCAGCCCCCGGAUGGCACUGACGAAGGUGGACUUGCCUGAGUCCAUCCCCCCGGUGACACCGAUGUCCCAGCCGGACGUUCUCCAGAGAAUGAAGCGUAGAUUGUAACUUGGCGGCGACUGCUGGCAGAUCCCCCGCCUCAAAGGCCUCCUUCAGGGCCCUGGUGUCCUUUGAGAGCUCCAGGAUCUUGCAUUGGCUGAGGCAUGAUUGGAAGACCUCGCUGGCCAUGGGCUGCCAGAACCCCAGUUCUCCGUCUUCAGGACUUGACCUUGGACAGGGAAGGGAAAGGAGUGUUUUCACUCUGAGUUGCCCUAUCUUCUCUACAUCCCUCAGCUUGCCCAGAGUAUUUGUGGCAUCACCAGUAAUAGCGCUGAGGGUGUUACAAGAUGCCAAGUCUGGUGCUAAGCGCUUUAUUUUAAUUCACAUUUACUCAUCACCGCCAGCUUCUCCUGAAGUAUCCACAAAUCCUCAAACCAGCUGGAGAAGGAAUUUCCCUCCUUUCUUAUCCACAUUUGGCAUUGAGAAAAUAAAUGGGGCCCAAGGUCCUCCCCUGGAGAAGGAAAUGGCAACCCAUUCAGUACUCUUGCCUGGAAAAUUCCAUGGACGGAGGAGCCUGGUAGGCUACAGUCCACGGGGUCACAAAGAGUCGAAUACGACUGAGCGACUUCACUUCAAGGUCCUCCAGCUAAUGCAUGGGAAAACUGGGAAUGGGGCUAAGGUCUUCUGGCCCAGAAUUCAAAGUCUUAACUUUGAGGAAGGGGGCAGGGGUUUUACCACGCACCCAGCACCAGGAUUAAGAGCUGGAAUCUUCAUCACUGGUAGUCAUAGCUCGGGUUUAUUUGAGGUUUACUCGGGGCCAGCCACUCUUCUAACCACAUGCAUGAUUUUGUCAAGUCCAUAUGAUGGGUGGGGCAGCCACGCUCACAUCCUGGGAUUGUGUGACUGUGUCUGGUCCCAGCCGUGCCAGGGAUUUGCAGGGGUGACACCAGCCAAGUCACAGCACCCCAAGGCUUUUAUUUUCCCCUCCGUGAAGGGUGGGGGGUGCCAGUUUCCUCACCUGUGGAUUGGAAAGAUGACUCCUCAGAACCCUCCAAGCCCUACUGUUUUAGGAAGACUCGGGGUCUUACUGCUGACGAGAUUCAGGCAGAGGCCAGCUUGGGAAGGGCGUGGAGCAUCGGGCUGCACUUGAUCGUUAUCUGUGGGUAGCUGUGGAAGGGUUCUGAGCAGGGAAGGGAGAGGUCCACUGGGGACGUUACCAAGAGCCCUCCUGGGAAUUCCUUGGCGGUCCAGUGGUUAGGAUACCACACUUUCACUGCCGAGGGCCCAGGUUCGAUCCCUGGUUGGGGAACUAAGAUCCCACAAAUCUCGUGGUGAAGUCAGUAAUUUUUUCCAAAGAGCCCUCCAUGACCUUACAGUGCAGGAGACUGGGGCCUGGGAGACAAGGGGAGGGGCGGGGGCAGGACCUGGGUGGGCAGGGCCAAGAGCUGGAACAGGGGCUGGGGGUGGAGAUGGGGAAGGGAGAGAUAGAGGCAGAAGGGACAGGACAGAAUGAGGCCACCAGUUGGAAGCAGGGGACAGUGGUCACCUAGGCGCUCUCUUUUAACCUCAGGCCCAUUGUAUUGAGAGCAUGCCCAACCUUUCCAUCCGAGCCACUUGGGGCCAGUGAGUCCGAGGGUCUCACAUAGGGAUGUGGGCUGUGCCUUUUGAGAAUGGAUUUGAAAGAGACCAUCUUUCUUAUGCAUCUGAGAAAUGCCUACCAUGGGGAUUUCCCCCUGGGCAUCUGGAAUAUCCCUACCAUGAUCCUUUGUACCCUCUUUGGUGCAGAAAGGUCCAUGUGAACCCCAAAUAGUCCUCGCAGAGCCAAUGGGAGGCCUUCUGGGAAGACAGGAAUCUUUUUUGCAAAGCAGAGAGUUCUUCAGCAAAGAAAUUUUAACACCCCAGGUAAAAGUGGACCCUCAGUCCAUUUCCCAGAGUCAGGGGUAAUUUGAGGCCCCUAGAUGGGGCUAGAGGAGCUUCCCAGGUGGCGCAAUGGUAAAGACUCUGCCUACUAAUGCAGGAGACGCAGGAGAUGUGGGUUCGAUCCCUGGGUCAGGAAGAUGCCCUGGAGUAGGAAAUGGCAACCCGCUCCAGUAUUCUUGUCUGGAAAAUUCCAAAAACAGAGGAGCCUGGCAGGCUGCAGUCCAUGGGGUCGCAAAGCAUCAUGUAUGACUGAGCACGUAUGCACACACACGUAUGUACAAUGAGGCUAGAACCAUCAUCAGGUCCUGGAACAGCUCAGGGAGUGUUAGUGAGGCCAUCUCCACUGCACCAGAACCACCCUGUGAAUUGCUCAAAUCCCACCCUUCCUUGGACCCUCGUCCCAGUCCACAGAUGCUCUUGGGGCAACCCCUGUCCUGUCCAAGUGCCCCAGUCUGGUGAUUCCUUUUUAAACAUGCGUGACCCUUGACUUGGCAUGUGAGUUUUGGUUUGAGCAGAUAGGGGGUCAGAUUCACUUCUGUAUCCAGCUGGAGAGCCCAGUACAGAGCCGAGGGGCUGUGGCAAGCAGUUAAGGUCCCAGGGCCGCCUCACUGUGUAAUACAUCCCGUGUAUUUUGAAACCUCGUGCAGCUUCAGAAAUCCCAACAGGUGCCCUGUCAGACCCACGGCCUUACAGCACCAUCCCCAAAAUUCGUUCCCAGCCGUGCAGCUAGGUACACACAGACCUGGAACCCCAGUCUCAGCCAAUCACUCACAAUCUUAGACCCACCCGCAGCAUCCAAAUCACCAAGGCUUACCAAGAUCCCUCCCAGUCAGACACACCAGCAAGCUCAUUCCUGCACGCAUCCACAUGCAGACACACUGGCCAUCUUUCUGAAAUGAGGCUUGUUCCAGGGGGCUGGUGCCUUCCCCGCCUCCUUUCUCCGUGGAUGCUCAUAGACACGCCCACCCACCCCCGCUCUCAUUCUGUGUCCCCAGGUUCUGCACAGAGGCCAGUCCAGUGGCCACCUGGCUGCACCCUCCCUGCUCCCCACACCGCCCCCACUCCCCCCAUCACUCACAGGCAGCAGAGCUGGCUCAGGAUGUCCCAUCUCCCUGGCAUCUUUCACUCAGUUGGUUGCUAGGCACUAUUGUGCCCAGCCCGGGGAACCAAUUGGCUGCCCCUCCCCCACCAGAGCAGGCCUUUGGAGUUCUCAGAAAGGGACAUGAGAAUGCAGGCCCCAGGGCCCAUUCAGCCACCCACCUAUGUUGACAGUGGGCUCCUGGCUUGGCUCCAGGCCAGGUUGUCCUGUUGCCCCCAACGCCCCCCCUCCACCUGCCAUGGCCACUUGGGGAUCAGGGGAGAGAGAGGCUUUUUUUUUUUUUUAAGA